GCCUCCUCUCCGGGCUUCUCUCUCCCCCUCGCCUCGGCUCUUCCCCGGGAAGCAUGGUGGCUAAGAGCAGGAAGCAGACCGGGAGGAGUCCGGCGACCCCGGCGGACCGCGACCGGAACCCGCUCGCCUCGCCGCCCCCCGGCAAGAGCUCCGGCAGGCGGCCGGGCAGGGAGGGCAAAGCGGGCGGCCACCCCACCGGGCUCUCCGGCAUCGGACUCACGCUGGGGCUGAGCCCGGCGGCGCUGGGUCGGCUCGGGAUCACCCUGCUCCUCGCUGCUCUGUCUGGGUUCCUGCACUGGCACCAUCUGUCUCAGCUGUUUGAGAAUGACAGACACUUCUCACACCUUUCUAACCUGGAGAAGGAGAUGGCCUUCAGGACUGAGAUGGGUUUGUACUAUUCCUAUUAUAAGACCAUCAUCGAGGCCCCCUCCUUCCUGGACGGCCUCCACCUGGUCAUGAACGAUCGGCUGACAGAGCACCCCCUGGUUAUCAACACACUGCAGAGAUUCAAUCUCUACCCAGAGGUGGUCCUGGCCAGCUGGUACCGCAUGUACACCGGGGUAAUGGGCUACUUUGGGAUUCCCACUAAGAUGUGCUGGUCCAUCAACAGAGGAGAAGGACUCACGCCUGUGGAUAGUUGUGAAGGAAUGGGCGAUCCGACGUACUUCUACGUGGCGUGUGUGUUCGUGCUGAACGGCCUGAUGAUGAGCCUCUUCUUCGUUUACGGCGCCUACCUCAGUGGCAGUCGGCUGGGCGGCGUUGUGACCACGGUGUGUUUCUUCUUCAAUCACGGCGAAAGCACUCGUGUGAUGUGGACUCCUCCGCUGAGGGAGAGUUUCGCUUACCCCUUCUUAGUCCUGCAGAUGCUUCUCCUCACCUACAUCCUACGGACACGGAACCUGAGCCGGGCGGCCCUGGUCGCUCUCGGCGUCUCCAACGUGUGCUUCAUGCUGCCCUGGCAGUUCGCCCAGUUCGUGCUGCUCACUCAGGUGGCUUCUCUGUUUGCCUCGUACAUCCUGGGCUACCUGGGUCCCACCAAGAUGCAGUCCAUCCUGGUCACUCACAUGAUCACACUCGGCGUCUGCUUCAUCCUGAUGUUCGGUAACUCCAUGCUGCUCACAUCCUUCUACGCCUCCUCACUCGUCUCCAUCUGGGCCAUCAUUGCACUGAGGGAUCAAUUUGCUAAGGUUUUCAAACCUGGCAUCAUCAUCUGGGUCAUGCAGGGUCUGGCGUGGGUCGGCUCCACCGUUCUGCUCAAAUUCAUGUUGUCCACAAUCCUCGGGGCCUCCGAUGAUGCUCACAUCAGUGGACUGAUCAAGUCUAAGUUCACCAGCUACAAGGACUUCCACACUCUGAUGUACACGUGUGCUGCAGAAUUCGACUUCAUGGAGUUGGAGACGCCUCUUCGUUACCUCAAGACGUUCCUGCUUCCCCUCAACAUGCUGGUGGUUGCUCUCAUCGCCGGGAGGACGUUCCAGGAGGUGGUCCGGUUCCUGAGGGGCGGGGGGGGCAAGGCGUCUGGCAAGAGCGACGAUGGUGACGAAGCUGCAGGGUCUGAAAUCGCUGCAAAAGGAGAGCUGGUGUACCACAGUCUGCAGCUGCUGGCGUUCGGCGUCCUGGCCGUCCUCAUCAUGCGUCUGAAGCUCUUCCUCACACCGCACAUGUGCAUCAUGGCCUCGCUCAUCUGCUCCAAACAGGUGUUCGGGUGGAUCGGGGAGCGGUUUAAGCACCAGGUGGUGGUGUUUGCUGUCAUGGCUGCCAUGGCCGUACAGGGAGUGGCCAACCUGCAGGCCCAGUGGGGGAUCAUCGGAGAGUUCAGCAACCUGCCGCAGGAGGAGCUGCUGGACUGGAUCCAGGACAACACCCGUCCUGAUUCCGUGUUUGCGGGAGCGAUGCCCACCAUGGCCAGUGUGAAGCUGUCCACAGGUCGUCCCAUCGUCAACCAUCCCCACUACGAAGACGCUGGUCUGAGGGAAAGAACCAAGCUGGUUUACUCCAUGUACAGCCGCAUGUCGGGAGAAACCGUGAAGAGCAAUCUGAUGCAGCUGGGAGUGGACUUCUUCGUCCUGGAGGAUUCUUGGUGCACCAGGAGAACCAGGCCUGGAUGCAGCAUGCCAGAGAUCUGGGACGUGGAGGAUACUGAAAACGUUGGUAAAGUUCCCCUCUGCACCCACAUCUCCAAGAACUCACGGCCCUACUUCACCACAGUCUUUUCCAAUGACAUUUACAAAGUUCUCAAAGUCCCCAAAGUCGCCAAAGAGCUCAGAUAACGCUGUCGGAUGAACUGAUCCAGCUCCAAACUUCUUCUUUCCACCUCUUCUACCCGUCGUUUUUUUUUUGUCAGUCACUGCCGUUGCUGCUUUUUACUUCCGAGAACUCAACCCCCCCCCACAGUUCACCUUUUAUCGGAGAGAGCUGUGAUUCACUGAGCGGUGGACUGAUAACACUAAAUCAUGAUUGACCUUCUGCUUCUCAGUAUUUGUUUCUGCUGCAGCUUUGUCAUCCAGAGACGUUCCCAUCAUGCUCCUGUUGGUGCCCAAGUAAAAGCCAACGGGUGGUAAAGCUCUUUUGAUUUAGUUCUGUUACACACGUUUAUUUUAAGAGAUGCUGUUCAAACAUCAUUGUUUUGUUUUGUCACUUAAAGCAACACUAUGUAACUCCAAUAUUCAGCAGGAAACUUAAAAAACAAGAUGAAUUCUAAGCAGAGUUUGGUGCCAACAUUCCUCUGGUUCAGGAAGCAGAGGAUCAUGGGUAAUAUCCACCCUUCGGUUUCUCUUCAUGAAAACCAAAUCAUCGCUCGGAACCAGAGCCCAACAGAGUCAGUCACCUCGUGUGGCUGCAGGUGGCGCUGUUGCUCAGUAGAAGUUACCUAGUGUUGCUUUAUGAAGGACCUCGUGUCUCGCAGGACCAAUCGAUGAUGUCCACAUACUGUGAAGCAAUACCCUUUGCAAACGCUUCUAUUGUUAUGCACAGUGUUAAACUCUGAAAAGAUUUUCAGUUUCCUUUCUAUAAUUUAUUUGUGUGAAUAUUUUUAUGCAAAUUUCAAAAUGUUGAGACCUUGUUUUUUCUUCCCACGCAAACAGUGUUUUAAGAGUCAAGUGAAACAGGUGAAAAUUCGAUUCAAGCUUUUUUUUUGUGCUCGUUACUCAAAGUUAAUUUCACUCAAGAACUUUUUUAGCAGAUGCUAAGUUCGUAAUUCAGUCAUAAACUGGCAUAAAGAGUUUUUAUGGCAAAACAUAAAGAAAAUCCAGUGGUUUUACGUUAACUCUGCCCUGUACCGAACUUUUGUAAAUACCCAAACAGCUGUUUUGUACAAUACUGAUGUUUGGCCUUUAAAAGGUUCUUUGUGUUUGUUGAAUUAUUGUUAAUUGCCAAAGGAAGUUUUGUUAUCGAUGGCGGGUAUUAUAUUCUGGGCACCGUAGCAGAUGAACGAUGUGCAUUUUGAGAACCAUCAGUGUGUGAGUUCUGUAAGAGCCAAUCCAAACUACUUAACUGUAGCAGUGACUUGAUGUAAAUGGUAGCAGUUGUUGUCUCCUUCGCUGGUUUGGACUCUGAUAAUGAUUCUUCAGUAUUUUAAGAGAAUAUGGCUUUGUUACAGUUUGACUAGAAGAUGAAUGCUACUCAUGCCUGUGUGUUGAAUAUGAAGCUACAGCCAGAAGGCUAUCAGCUUAGCUUAGCAUAAAGAUAGGCACUGGGGAAACAGUUUGCUUGGUGCUGUCCAAAGGUUUAAAAUUAAACCUCUAAUUCUCAUGAUUUACAUGUUCUAUCUCGUUUGUUUAAUCUGGUUUCACGCAAAUCAAAGUGUGAUCACUGAGAAGCAGAAAAAUACUUCAGAUUCAUUGUGGGUCCGAGGUUAUUGCCUUUUUCCUUUCUUUCAUGUGCUUGUAAUCAGGUUUGGAAAGAGAAUUUGGGCCCGAGCGGCACAGUAGUCAGAGUUUAGCUGUUUUCCUCUGCUGAGCUCACCACACACUGGCUGCAGCUUCAUGUUCAGUGACUUUAAUGAAGAUGAGAGAUGGACUCAAUCCCAUCAUUUUACUCUAAGCAAGAAAACAAAUGAGCAUAUCCAGAAUGUGUCCUUUGUGUGCCGUCUGAAGGUUUUAUCGUGUUAAGAAGAGGAUUUGAAAGUGUCCUUUACUCCCCCUCUAGGUCAAAUCAGUGUCUGCAUAGCUGCGUUUUGUAUUGAUGGUUUGUUAUAAUCAGACUCCCUGAACAAUUUUAAUUGCAGUCACUCAUCUGUAUUUGUUUUUUUUUCCUCUCAUGUGAACUGACUUUUUUUUGCCCUCAAAGCUUGGUGCCAUAUUUCAGAGGGAGAGUAGCAGAUGUGGAGCUUUACAGAACACAGGAUCUAUUUUAUAUCACAACUCCGUGAGGGCAAUGAGAUGUGUUCCUCGUUUUGGGAAAUAAAACUCAGUUGGACUAUAUCAGAGUUUAAUUUCUUUAAAAGGUCUUACGUACGAGUUUGUAACUGAUUGGAAUCAUUUCGGUACGACACUGUAUAGAUGGUUUUAUUGAUUAAGCAUCAUAAUGAGAUGAGAGAACAAAUGAAAUUAGUGAAACUAGACUUGAAAAACAAAACAAACCUUUAUUCACAUUUCAAAAAGAGCUUCUCAUUGAGCGGCUGAACAAACCAGAUCUGUUUCUUUGUGUAAAGCUCAUAUGAUGACUGAUGAUUUGACAAUGUAGAAGUGAUCGUGUGAGUCAAGUGCCCAUUGUUCAGGAGUGGGUCAGACUUCCAGAAACACUUUGACGUAAGUAGUUGAUUCCUGUUGUGUUUCAGAUGUCUUUUAUAAUAUUUGUCUAUUUUGUCUGUAUUUUAAAAAAAUAAAAUAUUUGCAUCAACA